CAUGCUGUCCAUCUCUAUGACUCUAUGACAGCGGAUGUUAGAGGAGGGAGAAUUAAUAGUUCCCAAUGAGUGUCUAACACAGAUAGAGAACGUAUUGGAGAAAUUUGCCUUUUUUUCCUUACUAGGAGCGUUGGUAAGGGGCAGAAAGGCAAAUUUAAAAGUUACUGUGAAAUGUGCAAAGAACAGUGAACCAGCUGAAUUGUUCUGUGGACAGAGUUGGUAAUUUGAUGGGCCUCAAAGUCAUCCGCUAUUUUUUUAAAUUCCGAGCUCCCAUAUGCAAAGGUAAUGUCGUCUUUCAUUGUUCGCCACAUCUUGACUUUGCCAACUCUCGGAGGAGGAGGGGAGUCGACUCAGUGUUUCAUUUCUGUCCUCAUUGGUUUGGUGCCUGCUAUGCAGCUAGGUGGAGCUUGUAUUUGGGGCGACUGGUUCCAAGUCCAUUAUUUGACUGAACUUAAUCUUCUUGAUGAGGAAGCACUCUGCUCUUCGUGUUUUUAAUGAGACUGCCCGCCUUCGCUGCAAAAUUCUCUUUGUUUUACUGACGCCUCCAAACUUGGUACAUGUCUGAUCCCAGCGGGGAAAACUGUGGAUAUUCUGACCAGACUUCUUUUGUCAAAAUAAGACUCACGCUGCUGCUCAACAACCAGCCACUCAAAAAAAAAAAUUUGAGUUCUAAAAAUAAAUCGCUUUGAAGGAGACACAAGUUGCAGAAUUUGUCAACACUGGUUGCUUCAGAAGAUCUGUUUCCUCGCCCUCCCACAGUUUUGUCAGAUAAGUGGAGAAGUAUCAUUCAAGAAGAUUUUGCAAUGUUUGCUUACAGGCUUCAGAAGCAUCGCUGGUUUUUCUCUUUGGUGAUUUUUGCUGUGCUCCUGUUAUCCGUCUUUUUUACUUAUACAGACUACACAAAAUUUUCACUUAGAAACUUACUCCCCGUAAGAAAGUGCAAAUGCAACCCUUGCGUGUCAGAAUUAAAUAAGUCGGAAUGGUUUGACAAGCGAUACAUUCCCACUAUGUAUCCCAUCCUGACCAAAAAUAACUACACACUUCCUGAAGCGACCUACAAAUGGUGGCAAAGGCUUCAACAUGAAAGGAAAGAAUCCAAUUAUAGCAGCAUCAUGGAAGAAAUGUUUAAGCUAUUUCCAGGUGAUGACAAGCUCAUGGAACAGGGACCAAACAGAUGUCGGACAUGUGCAGUCAUAGGAAAUUCUGGCAAUUUAAAAGGAUCUAAUUACGGGCCAUCGAUUGAUUCUAAUAAUUUAGUGAUGAGAUUUAGCACAGAUGAAGAAUCAAAAUUGGAACCUUACUUACCUGCAUGGUAUAGCCACUCAAGAAUGAAUCGGGCACGGACUGUUGGCUAUGAGGCGGAUGUAGGCAGUAAAACUACGCAUCACUUCAUGUACCCUGAAAGUGCUCGAGAUCUUGCAGAAAAUGUUUCUUUGGUUCUCAUCCCUUUUAAAAUAUUGGACAUCCAAUGGCUAAUUAGUGCUUUUACAACAGGCAAUAUUACUCGCACUUACAUCCCAGUGAUGCGUCACAUCAAGGCAAAUAAAGACAAGGUAUUGGUCUACAACCCACAUUUUUUUAAGUAUGUUUAUGACAACUGGAAUGAGCAUCAUGGAAGAUACUCCUCAACUGGCAUGCUGGUUAUCAUUUUUGCGCUUCAUGUCUGUGAUGAGGUGAACGUUUAUGGAUUUGGAGCCAACAGCAUAGGACAUUGGCAUCAUUACUGGGAGAAGAAUGCAGGUGCAGGAGCCUUCAGAGCAACAGGGGUUCACGAUGGAGAUUUUGAAGCCAACGUCACAAAGACGCUUGCUGAUGUUGUUCUAAUUUCCUUACUUGAAAAAGGAUACCAUUUGGAGAAGGUUCUCUAGACUCACUCUUGGGCAGAUCGUACGAAGACUGUCUGAACACGUUGGGCUGUACUCACUGGAUGUUCAAAGAAUGAGAGAUGAUCUUACUAAAAAUAUAAGAUCCUGAGAGAGCUAGGUAAGAGGAGUUUAGAAAGGAUGUCUCCUCAGGUGGGGUGAGAUCAGAAAUAAUAAAUUUAAGAAGAUUAGAAUAAAUUAAUACAUUUAAAAAUAAGGGGUCUCCCUUUUAAGGCAGAUUAUAAAAAAUGUUUUCUCUCAGUGAGUCAUCAGUCUUUACAAUUUUCUUUUUAAAGCAAUGAAGGCAGGGUCAUUGAACUUUCUCAAGAUAAAAUGGAUAGAUUUUUGAUACACAAGUCAGUGGUUAAGGAGGAGCAGUGAGAACAGUGACAUUAGGCAUGAUCUCAUCAAAUAAUGAAACAGGAUUGAAGAACCAAAUAGCAUUCCUGCUCCUGCUUUCAAUGAAAAAAUGUUCUGGAAAUGCCACUGAGUUAACAGGUUGCUGCAAAAGGGGUGGUGCGUUGGCUCAGUGGUUAGCACUGCUGCCUCACAGCACCAGAGACCUGGGUGACUGUGUGUGUGGAGUUUGUACGUUCUGCCCGUGGUCUGCAUGGAUUUCCUAUGGAUCCUCUGGUUACCUGCCACACUCCAAAAUGGUGCAGAUUAGGUGGAUUGGCCAUGCUAAAUUGCCCAUAGUCCAGGCAUGUGCAGACUAGGUGAUUUAGCCAUGGCUAAUGCAGAGUUACAGGGAUAAGGAAGGAAGAUGGGUCUGGGCAGCAUGCUUCUCGGAGGGUCGGUGUGGACUUGAUAGGCUGAAAGGCCUGCUUCCACAGUGUAAGGCUUUCAUGAUUCUAUGAAAAGGCUGAAGCUGUUCGCCCAAGUCCUUUGGGGAAAGAAAUUUUCUUUUGUUAUUAGCCAGGCCCUUAUGUGGCUCCAAUGUGGUUGUUAGGAACUACCCUCUGAAAUGCCUUAGCAAGCUACUCAGCUCAAGCAGGAGGUCUAGCAGUGCUUAUUCAGAGUAGCUGACAAUCAAUGCCAGCCUUAGCAGCAUAGUCCACAUCCUGAGAAUUAACAAGGAAAAGAGAAAUUCGCCUACUCUUUCUUCCAUCCUCUGAAUGAAUCAUUUUCAAUAUUCAUAUUUGUUGUUGUCUCUUAAGAAAAUCUGUGUCCAUAUUUGACAUGGAUAUUUUACAGGAUAAUUUUUUUUAUGUUAAUUGAUGGGUAAGUGAAUAUUUUGAAAUUCCUGGCAGUUUAGGUUUACAAGAUCAAUUUUAUUUCUAUUAAUGAUACAAAUUACUGAAAUUGUAUCCAUAUUUAAUAAAGUGUUUUUUGUCAUAAUGCUGGUUAGAGGAAUACUUACUAGGCUACAGUCUGUGUAUUUAUUUUCAGCAUUCACUGUUUGACUCUUUAGAGGAUAUAUUGAUUAAAUCAGAUUAUUUUAAUGUAGAUUGUCAUUGACGCAUCAUCCAGUAUCAAAGGGGGGAGAUGCCUUUAUAUUCGUGCUUUUCUGACUCACUUCCUUUCAAGCUUCGUUGUCAUCUAGUAAAAUGUUGCAGCCUGUGAGCAGCGAUUUGACAAAGAGCUGUGCGUCUUCCUGUGACAUCAUAAGCUGUUGGCAAUGAUCAGGGAAGACCUGAAACACAAACAGGUACACCUUUCACACAGGGUGCCAGCUUUUGGUUGUUUGUAAUGAAUAAUAACCUCCAAACAGAGGUGGAGACCAGCAUUCUGAGUAUUGUACUGAGCUAGGGAGAGAAAAGGAAUGAAAAUUAUUAACAGCUGAAAUUAUUGAUUCUGUUUGUUGUGCAGUGAAACUUCCCUGUUGAUGAGUACAAGGUACCAAAGUAGUGUCCAAAUACUGGCUGCUUAAUGUGUUGCCACCAUAUACCUCUGUUAGGAGUUAGUGCCUUUGGUGAUGGAGGGCAGGAGGGGAAAAUGUUUGUGAGUAACCAUUCUGUCAUGGGGUACGUUUAAACACUGGAGGUAAUUUUCUAAGUCCAUAUCAAUAAUGGAAUCUAUCAAUCAGGAAUCAUGGAAAUAUUGCCUGUGACUUUCAAUACAUAGGAAUUGAUUAAAUACCUAGUCCUAACCCAAAUAGUGGGUAUAAGCGGUGCGUGUGAGCAGCAUACAAGUGAUCUUCUAAUUUAUACUUCGAUUGUGUAAAGGCAUGCCUGGAAAUUACCCCCUAUCUACACAACAUUCAUUUUCAAAACACUAGCUGUGCCAAUGAUUCUCCAGUCUGUCUUUGGCAGAUCAUUUGAUUGUUGCCAAAUUUCUAAUUCAAAGUCAGCCAGGUUUCUUCCUUAUGUAUUACAAGAUGUUGUAUACUCAUGUUGUCAAUGAAAAUAAAUCAUGUCUUAUAUUUCUAAAAUGUGUUUCUGAUUAUGGGGUAUGAUUAAUUCCAAUAAAAUCUUAUUGAAAGUUA